AUGAAGAAUGAUGAUGGUUUUGUUUUCUUUAUGUUUGAAAAUCGGGACUGUUGUAUAGAUGUGUUAGAGGGAGGGCCGUGGUAUGUAGGAGGUUUCCUUCUCAUCUUGAAACAGUGGCAUCGCAUGAUGAAGCUGUCUAAGGAAGAUAAGAAAACUAUUCCGGUGUGGGUGAAAUUCUACAAUGUACCCUUGGAAUAUUGGGAUGGGGAUGGUUUAAGUAGGGUAGCUAGUGCAGUGGGGGUACCGUUGUUAUUGGAUCAACUUACAUCUUCAGGAAGCCGAAUUUCUUUUGCUAGAGUAUGUGUGGAUAUUCUAGCAGUUUCUGCUUUCCCUGACAGUUUUGCCCUCACUAGUGGUGAUGAUUCUAUUACUAUUCAAGUGGAGUAUCAAGGUGUUCCCUCUAGAUGCAUGCAUUGUCAAGUCUUUGGGCAUGAUACAAAGACCUGUCUUUCUGCUCAAGUGGAAAAACUUGUUGAGUUACAGAAGAAUACUGAGGAAAGGGUUGAAUCUGUUGGGGGCUGGAUGAAAGUGAAGGAUAAGGGAAAAAGGAAAAUUGGUGACCACUCAGCUCCUGUCCAAAAUGUCCAUGUUGAUGAAACGAGUUCAUCUGCCACUAAAGGGGAAUGA